GUAUUGAAAGGGAUCAAAGAAGGAGCAGUGUAGACACAGAGAGAAUAUCAGGAAAGGAUUGAACUGUAAUGGGGAAAUGAAGACCAUCUUCCUCUUCCUCUUUCUAAUUGCUGGAAUCCUUGCUAACAACCCUUACCCAUAUAAUUCCGGCUAUCCCAACAACAAUAAUUGUGUCAACUACCAGUAUGAACCAUCUGCUCAAGAUAUGAACCAUCAAAACCAGCCCAUUUACAGAGGUGGCCAGACACCCACAGAGAUCCUAGUCAACAGUAAUUCCAACUUUGCAUUCAAGUUCUUUGGGCUAGUUUCUUCUAAUGGAGGUCAUUGGGACCAAUCAGGCAAGAAGAACAUUGUUUUCUCUCCCACGUGCAUCUCAUCUGCAUUUGCAAUGUUGGCCUUAGGUGCCAGGGCUAACACCUUAGAUCAGAUCCUUAGAGGACUUGAAUUUAGGCCAUCAGAGAUCAAAGAGAGGGUGAUACAUGAAGGUUUCCAUGAUCUCAUCUACGCAUUAAACAAUGGGAGGUCUGGCCUCAAGAUGGAUAUGGGGAAUUGCCUCUUUGUAAAAAACAAGCUGCAUCCACAACAGCAAUUCUUAAACGGACUCAGAAACAUCUAUGGGGGAGACAUCUUUAUGGAAAAUUUUAAGAACACAGUAGAAACAGAACAGCACAUCAAUAGUUACGUCGAAAGGAAAACCCAAGGGAAGAUUUCCAAAUUUGUUGAUGGAAUUGACCCACUUACUGAAAUACUAUUGGUUAGCUAUUUUUACAUGAAAGCCAAAUGGAAAAUACCCUUUGAUCCAAAGUAUACUCAGCAGCGUGACUUCUACGUGGAUCCUCACACUGUUGUGAAAGUCCCGAUGAUGUUCCAGAUAGGCAUGUUUGAAACCGGCCAUGAUGAUGAGCGCUCUUGCACUAUUUUGAAACUACCCUACGAAGGAAAUGUUGUGGCAUAUUUUAUCCUGCCUGACAGAGGGCAACUGGAGAAGGUGGCCAGCAGCUUGUCAUGUAGAGCUUUGCAGACGUGGAAAAGAACACUUUCAAAGAGCUUUGUAAAUGUCUAUCUUCCAAAAUUCAUGGCCAGUGGAGAGCUUAAGCUGAAAGACUUCAUGUACCGCAUAGGCAUAGUUGAUGUCUUCACUGACAGAGCGGAUCUCUCUGGAAUCACAGGGCAGCCUCAGCACAGGCUCUCAGGGGCUAUUCAUAAAGCUAUGAUGAUGAUUGAUGAGAGAGGAACAGAAGCUGCUGCAGCCUCUUCUAUGGACAUGGUGCCAAUGUCUGUGCCUAGCAUCCUUACGUUUGAUAGGCCUUUCAUAACUAUGAUUGUAGAUGAAAUUACUCACAGUAUCCUCUUCAUGGCAGAGAUCUUAAAUCCAACUGAGAAGUAGAUAGGCCA